GGCCCUCCCGGUUCCGGCGCGGUCGAGGCCCGAGGAGGUGAACAGUCUCCGGCACCAUGUCUGGUUUGUCUGGCCCACAAGCUCAGCGUGGCCCUUGCCCGUCAGCGCUGCUGCUUUUAUUGCUGUUCGGCCCCGCCUCGGUGCUUGCCAUCUCCUUCCAUCUGCCCGUUAACUCCCGCAAGUGCCUCCGAGAGGAGAUCCACAAGGACCUGCUGGUGACGGGCGCGUACGAGAUCACCGACCAGUCUGGGGGCGCUGGCGGCCUGCGCACCCACCUCAAGAUCACAGAUUCUGCUGGUCAUAUUCUGUACUCCAAGGAAGAUGCAACCAAGGGGAAAUUUGCCUUUACUACUGAAGAUUAUGACAUGUUUGAAGUGUGUUUUGAGAGCAAGGGAACAGGGCGGAUACCUGAUCAACUCGUGAUUCUAGACAUGAAACAUGGAGUGGAGGCGAAAAAUUAUGAAGAGAUAGCCAAGGUUGAGAAGCUCAAGCCUUUAGAGGUGGAGCUCAGACGCCUAGAAGACCUUUCAGAAUCCAUUGUUAAUGAUUUUGCCUACAUGAAGAAGCGAGAGGAGGAGAUGCGAGAUACCAAUGAGUCAACAAAUACUCGGGUCCUAUACUUCAGCAUCUUUUCAAUGUUCUGCCUCAUUGGACUAGCCACCUGGCAGGUCUUCUACCUGCGUCGCUUCUUCAAGGCCAAGAAGUUGAUUGAGUAAAAAGACCCAGUCUCCUCCCACCUUGUAUCUCAGCCAGCUGAACAUCACUGGGACGUGCCUGAUCUAAGGCAUCCUACCAACAGCACCAUCAAGGCACGUUGGAACUUUCUUGCCAGAACUGAUCUCUUUUGGUAUGGGAGGACCAUGGGUUACCACCUACACCCAACAAAUCAAUGAGGGACUUUUUUUUAACUUGGUAGGAUUUGGACUGGUUUUGCAACAAUAGGACUAUUAUUAAUAGAGUUACCUAUCACAAACAAUAGGGGGUUACCUAGAUAAUGCCAAAGCCAGCAUUUAUACUAGGUUUCCUCCUGUUACCUGUCGAACUAUGUUUUCUUUCUUUUUCCUACUUGCUCACCAGCUUGGGCUUCCACUCUAGUUCUUUUACCAAGGUUUGUAUGACCAUGUUGAACUUGUUUCAUUCUGAUUGUCCUCUUUGGAUUUCUGUGUGAAAACACACUUCACUUUCUCUUGACCCUUAGCUGAAAUGUUUAGGUAGCUUCUGGUGAUAUCCUUUCAUAAAUUUAUGGCUCUUAAAAGGGUGAUAGAUGGGACACCUCAUAGAAAGGAGCUUUGAACUGUAUAUAACUCCUAAAGAGGACUUCAUUUUAGAGAAUUAAAAUAUUUGUGCUCAACUGCCUAAACCUUUUUUGUGUAUUUAUGUGUGUUUUAGUUCUAUGCAAUUUUAUCAGGUGUAGAUUUGUGUGAUCACCACCGCAAAAUGCAGAACAGUCCAACUCUUAUACCCCUUGUACUGCUCCCUUUUUAUAACGAGAGCCACCUCCCUUCCUAUCCCCAAAGCCCCAGCUUCUGGCAACCACUAACCUGUCCUCCAUCUCUAAUUUUGUCAUUUCAAGAAUGUUUUAUAUAAAUGGAAUCAUACAGUAUGUGAUCUUUUGAGAUUGGCUUUUAAAAGUCAGCAUAAAUCCUUUGAAAUCCAUCCAAGUUGUUGCAUGUAUCAAUAGCUUGCUCCUUAUUGUUCAGCAGUAUUUCAUGGUAUGAAUGUACCACAAUUUGUUUAACCAUUCCCCCAUUGAAGGACAUUGGGGUCAUUGUCAGUUUUUGGCCAUUUCUAAUAAAGCUGCUGUGAACAUUCAUGUAUAGGUUUUCAUGUGAACAUAAAUUCUCAUUUCUCUGGGAGAAACACCCAAGGGGGCAAUUGCUGGGUUGUAUGGUUAAGCACGUUUAUUUUUGUAAGAAACUGUCCUACUCUUUUUCUGGAGUAACUGCCAUUCUACCUUCCCACCAGCAAUGGGUGACCAAUCCAAUUUCUCCGAAUUCUUACCAGUAUUUGCUAUUGUUAUUAUUUUUUAUUUUAGUCAUUCUAAUAGGUGUGUCUAGUAGUACUUCUUUAUGGUUUUAAUUUGCAUUUUCCUAAUGGCAGAUGAUGUUGAACAUCUUUUCAUGUGCUUAUUUAUCAUUUAUAUAUCUUCCUCAAUGAACUAUUUCUAUUCUUUUUGCCCACUUUCUAAUUAGAUUUUUUCUACUAUUAAGUUUCAAGACUUCCUUAUAUAGUAGAUACAAGUACUUUGUCAGAUAUGUGGUUGCUUGAAUUUUUAACAUAACUUCUAGCAAGGAAAAUGAAAGUAAAAUUUACCAACACUUCCUACAUGGCCAGUCGCUGACUUAAUUCCUGUCUUUGUAUGUUUUGUCUAGCAAAUUAAGACAUGGGGUAUAAAAAAAACCACAUCUGGAAGGAUUAUGAAUAGAGUAAAUACUUGAAAAUGAAUGUUGCUUCUUUCCCAAAGCAAGAAGAAUUGCUAUGGGAAUAUAAGGUGCCCAAAGGCCACUACUAAUAUAAGCAAAGGUAUGGAUACAAAUGACCAUGUUUAUGAAAAGUUAUGAAAAAUACUGUCACUUGAAAAUUUCUCCAUUUUGCCUAGGAAAGUGGACAGGAGUCUGUCCUUUCUGUAAUUUUCUUUUUUAACCCCUGCUGACUGUUGCAGGGCUUUGUCUAAUUGCAGUGGCAAGAAUUAUAGGACUUAGGGCAAAUAGCUUGCAAUUAAGAAGCGAUGUAUUAGAAUUAAUGGAGAACACUGCUGUGAUGACCAGGAUAAAGUACAAAAUUAGAAGAGGGAGUGAGUUACAUUGUUAAAAUCUCAGGCCGUUCUGUUAAUGCUCCAGCUACUGUAAACCCAAAAGCCCCGCCCCCCUUCCCACCUUCUUGACUUCCUGACUCUAGAAUUCCUCUAGAGUGGCAGAAUGGUUCUUUCAUUAAUUUGUGUAACAUUGCCAUCUGCUGGUAGGAAUUGAUAGGUACAGCUUUUGAGAACCUGGCAGCCAAAUCCUCACCAUAAGGAGGAUGGACAAUGGAUGUUGAGAAAGUCCACCUGUGAUAUUACAUAUACUAGGUGACAGAGGAUACAUCCAAGUAGGGAAGAGAAUAACCAAAUUUGUGGGUCAGAUGCAGUCUUAGAGGCCUAAAGGUCAAAUUCUAUUCUGUACCAUUAGCCUAGUAAGAAACUCUUUCAUAUUUCUGACUGGUGCCUUUCCCCUUUUUCAGAAGCAAUGAAAGUUCUUCACUUGAUUAUAUCCUUCUGUUUGACAAAAUGGCAAAUAAGAUAGGAGAGGAGAAUAUUUUAUUUUACUGAUGUUUUUUUUCACAGAUGUGACUCUGUGAAACUGGUAUUUUUUCCAUAUCCUUCCCUUUUACUCUCAUGCCAGAAAUACCAACUCAGACAUUUGUGCUUUCAGUUUAAAGUUCAUUGAUAACACCUUGAUUUUAUUGAAAAAGUAAAAAUUAUUUGCCUUUGAUAGAAGGCUAGUGCAAGAGCAAAUAAGCUUUAAAAAUGGGGAUGUUACCUGCUUUCCAACAUUUUGAGCCUUUUCAACACAGUCUAUAAAUAACAUAGAAAUGAUACAGUUUAAGUGCUGUUAUACUGUUGUAAUAAACUCCUGUCAUAAGCCAUUUUUCUGUUUGUUUAUUGGACAGAGGCAUGUGGGAUUUCUACAGAUUCACUUGUAAGUGUUGGAUUGGGGAUUUUUGUGUAAAUUUUCUCAAAUAAAUGCUAGCAGAAACCA